AUGGGCCGCUACAAGGAAUCCAUUCUGGCCAGUGCGUUCCCUAAAAAACCGGAGUUCCAAGCCUUGUACGAUCGCUUAAAGGGUAACCCUGACAAGUAUUUUUACGCUAGAUACGAGGAUGUUCUUGAAGAGGCCAAGACGAGCCAAGUGGUGUUCCACACCUGCGCCCGACUCUUUACAGCUCUUCUAAAACAGCAGCCUCAGUUCAGGACCAAUCUGAAAACCUUUUUUGCUCUCUCUGCCCUUUUGGCCGUGACCGUGGCCGCUCCUGCUGAUCCUUACCACCCUGCUCCAUACCACCCUGCCCCCUCAUACCAUGAUGGACCCGCUUACUACAACUAUGGGUAUGCUGUCCAUGACGAUUACAGUGGCACCAAUUUCCAAGCCAAUGAGAACAGCGAUGGUCAUGGUACCAAGGGUCAAUACAGUGUCCUUCUUCCCGAUGGUCGCACCCAAACUGUGACCUACACCGCCGAUGACUACACUGGUUAUUUGGCUGAUGUCAAGUAUGAUGGCUAUGGUAAACCCGCCCCUUACCACCCUGCUCCUGCCCCCUACCAUCCUGCUCCUGCCCCUUACCAUCCUGCUCCUGCUCCUUACCAUCCUGCACCUUACCAUCCCACUCCUGCCCCUUAUCAUACAGCUCCCUAUCAUGCUGCUCCUUACCACCCUGCUCCUUACCAUGGUUAAGCAUUGAAACGUGGCCAAUGCCAGAUUGAUGUUGAUUUAUCUAUUAACAAAUAUUUAAUUUCAUCAGGCAAAUACAUAAAAGGUCUUCAAAGUAUCUCAAUUCUAAAAUACUUCUCUCUGCAUAAAAGAUCUGAUACA